AUGGAUCUUUUCAACCUAGUCGGAAAGGCUGGGGCUCCACGGAAUGUACGUGUGGGUGCUGAAGAGCAAGUGUUAGAAAACAUGGAAGCGGAUCCUAGGAGAAGUGUCCUCUAUGUAGCGCAAAUGAGUGGAUGCUCAAGAUCGACCACUCAUCGUACCCUUCAAGAGAGAAUACUGCAUCCUUACCAUUACACGAGAGUGCAGCAUCUGCGACCAACCGACUACCCGCGACGAGUACAUUUUGCUCAAUGGUUUUUGCGACAAAAUGAACUAAAUCCUGAUUUUUCACGGCGCAUUCUUUUCACCGACGAAUGUUCAUUUUCCCGAGAAGGAAUGUUUAAUGCACACAAUUGGCACUUCUGGGCACACGAAAAUCCACAUCUCACUAGGGUGAGAGCGUAUCAGGAGCGAUUUACUAUUAAUCUAUGGGCUGGAAUCAUUGGUACUACUGUGGUGGGGCCGUUUGUGUUACCUGAUCGCCUUAAUGGGGAUGUAUAUGCUAAUUUUCUACGACUAGAGCUUCCGGCAUUGUUGGAAGACGUUCCUUUGAAUGUACGGCGGAAUAUGUGGUUUCAGCACGACGGCGCUCCUCCACAUAAUUCGAUACUUGUACGACGAACAUUGAAAAGAGUAUCGUCAUAGGUGGAUUGGGCGUGGCAGUACUAACAUCUGGCCUCCUAGAUCUC